AGGAAAGAGAGCGACAUCCGCUUUCCUGUCCCGCCCCUCCCUUCUCUUCCCUGGGGGGGAAAAGGGGGAGGGGGGGUCUUUGUCCCUUUUUUUCCUAAGCGCGAGGCGCUUUUUAGCACGCCUGGAAAGGAAGCGGCUUAGAAGGCCCACCAGCUUGGGCCCUCUCACAAACGAAGGUGGAAGAAGAGGAAGACAGCCUUUCAGCUCUGUUGGAGGCAUCUUUGGCGCACCGCUUGGAAAUGGGAGAGCAAGACUUGGCUGGGCCAGAAGCGGGAAGAGGCUGGCAUGCCAUCCAGGCUGACAGCAGUGUGGGAUCCUGGGAAAGAACCUUGCAGAAGAUUCAGGACAAGGAGGGCACCCUCAGCUCAGAUGCGCAGCGCCAGCGGUUCAGGCAUUUCCGCUACCAGGAGGCCAAGGGCCCCCGAGAGGUUUGCCACAGACUCCACCAUCUUUGCCGUGAGUGGCUGAAGCCAGAGCAGCACACAAAGACUCAGAUCCUGGACCUGGUAAUCCUGGAGCAGUUCCUGGCUGUCCUUCCAGCAGAGAUAGAGACCUGGGUGAGGGAAUGUGGAGCAGAGAGCAGUUCGCAGGCAGUGGCCCUGGCUGAAGGUUUCCUCCUGAGUCAGAAGCAGGAAGAGCAGCAGGUGGAGGGACCCUUAGCGGAAGUUGCUCCUGAUUCCCCUGAGGCAGUGCCGGCUGCGUCAGCUCCCAGGCGGAGGCCGCUGUUCAGGUGGAUCGUGCAAGAGUGUGACAAAGUUGCCACCGCGCUGGGCAGCGGAGUGACACCAGCGACCCACGCUCUGUUGUCUCCUCUUUGUGGUGGAGUGGAAAUAGUUGCUGUGCAGCCUGAUCAGGAUCAGGUGUCUUUUGAGGAUGUGGCUGUGUAUUUCACGGAUGAGGAGUGGGCCUUGCUGGAUCCUGCCCAAAGGGCCCUGCAUGUGGAAGUUAUGGAGGAGAAUUGUGGGAAUCUGGCCUCUCUCAGUGAUGGUUGGGAGAGCAGCGCUCUGAAUGAUGGAGAAGCUCACGGGUUAUCGUUGGAAGGAGUUGCAUGUAAAGAACAGAAAGAGCAGAGCAGGAAAACGGAAGGGAAAGAGAAGAAGAGAGACAUGUCCUCUGCUGCUUUCCACAAAGCCCAGAUCCAAGGAAAAAGAGACAAAGGAAAAGAAGGCAGUGAGUGCCCGGUGUGUGCGGAAAGUUUCAGUUGUAAAUCGAGCUUUAAUGCUCAUUUGAAAAUGCACAAGGAGGAAAAACCGUAUAAAUGCUUAGAUUGUGGAAAGAGCUUCUCUCAGAGGAAAGGCCUUAUUAGACAUCAACGAAUUCACACGGGGGAGAAACCAUAUACCUGCUUGGAGUGCGGGAAGAGCUUCCGCCAGAGUGCAGCACUAAUUACACACCAGCGCAUUCACACAGGGGAGAAGCCAUAUACUUGCUUGGAGUGUGGGAAGAGCUUCUGUCAAAAAACCACGUUAGUUAGACACCAGAGAAUUCACACAGGCGAGAAACCGUAUGCUUGCUCAGAAUGUGGAAAGAGCUUCAGUCACAGAUCCCAGCUUACUUCCCACUUGAGAGUGCACACUGGGGAAAAACCAUAUAAGUGCCUGGAAUGCGGAAAGAGCUUCAGCCAGAAUACAAACCUUACUUUACAUCAAAGAACUCACACCGGGGAGAAACCAUUUAGAUGCUUGGAGUGUGGAAGAAGCUUCAGUCAUAGCUCAACCCUUAUGGCACAUCAAAGAACCCACACAGGGGAGAAACCAUUUACAUGUUUAGAGUGUGGUCAAAGCUUUGCUCAGAACGCAAGCCUUAUUUUCCAUCAACGAACUCACACAGGGGAGAAACCAUAUACAUGUUCAGAGUGUGGGAAAAGCUUUAGUACAAGCACAAGCCUUACCUCACAUCGACGAAUUCACACAGGGGAGAAACCAUACACUUGCUCUGAGUGUGGGAAGAGCUUUUGUACAAGUACAAAUCUUGUUACACAUCAAAGAAUCCAUACAGGGGAAAAACCAUACAAAUGCUCAGAGUGUGGAGAAAACUUCCGGAAAAAAGCACAUCUGCUUCGACAUCACAUGACGCACACAGGGGAGAAGCCAUACAAAUGCUUGGAGUGUGGAAAGAGCUUUAGUGAGAAACGAAAUCUCAUUUCUCAUCAAAGGAUCCACUCGGAGUGUUGGAAUGAGGAUCCUGUAAACAGUCAUUGGAUUCCUCCCUCUGUAGUGCCAGAGUGUGUUCCUGUUCCCCAGGAUUCCAGUUCUUUCCAGAGCCCUCUCAGUCAUAAUUCUAACCAAGGAGAAAGAUUAGAGUGUUUUACUAUUUUUCUAAAUGAGUAGAUGACAAUUGGUCCAAUCUUGACUGGAUACAAAUAAAAUAAGGAGGCAGGUAAAAACAGUAAAGUUACCAUACAAAAAAAAGUUUAAAAUAUAUAAAAAUAGGAAUAUGUCUAAAUAAAACAAAUGCCAAUUUAAAUGAAAAGGUUAUUGAUGGAGUAACUGAAGAAUAAUACAACUAAUCAAGUUUCUAGUGUAUGAUUUCAUAUUAAUCCUUAUCAACCCAACCACGUCAGUUCAGAGUUCCCGAUGCACAGCCAGCAUUGAUGGCGGCCUGGUACAGCCAUGUUUGGGCUGGUUCAAAUGUGUCUGCUUUGCUAUUUUCAUGCAUUUCAGGAAUAUAACUUUAUCUGGGGGCUUUUCUGCACUUACCUUUUAUAGUUGGCAUAGUUGCCGUUUGAUCUGAUCUUUUUUGGAGCAAAGGUGGAGCUUACCGUGUCUCUGCAUGUGGCCAAGUGAGGGUGUCUUUUCUUGUCUGCACCAAUGGCCGAUUGUGUCCAGUUUGAGAAGAGUUUCGUGACCUCUUACGUACCAUCCCUUUCUUGUGUCUACUAACCAGUGAAUAUUGAAGUUGUGAGCCUGCACGUAGGGUACUGAGAGCCCUUCCCUGUGUGUGUGUCAGUCACACCAGGUAUUCCACAAUUCUAACCUGUAGGAGGUUAGGCGAAUAGAAGGAAGGAGUGACUUGUGUCUGUGUGGUUAUCAGGAUUACAUUAUAGCUGUAGCUGAUGAUCACUGUCAUGGGCAAUAUGUUGACACAGUACCAGUUUCUGCAUGCACGACUGAGAAGAAGACAGUUGUUUCUCAGUCUAAUGUCGAGCCUGAUAGAAAUCCUGAUUAAAAACCACAGAAGGGCCACCAACUCCCAACUCCUCCAUACAGAAAGCAGGACAAAGCAUUGAUCCAUUCCAGAUCUUUCACACAUGUCAGACUUUUUGCAGUAGAAGGCCACAUCACCGUUGUAUCACUCUUAUACCACCUUAACAGUCAUGGCUUCCCCCUGAAGAAUCCUGAACACUGUAGUUUAAGGAUGCUGAGAGUUGUUAGGAGACCCCUAUUCCCCUCUCAGAGUUACAAUUCCCAGGGUUUGCUGGGAAGAGUGAUUGACUGUUAAAUCACUCAAAAUUGACAGCCAGUGUGGUAUAAUGGUUAGAAUGCUGGACUAUGACCUGGAGGGACCAGGGUUCAAAUCUCCACUUGGCCAUGAAGCUCUCUGGGUUGCCUUGGGCCAGUCACCAACUCUCUAGCCUACCUCACAGGUUGUUGUGAGCGUAAUAGGGAGAGGGUGACAGCCGUGUAGCCCAUCUUGAGCUCUUGGGAGAAAAGGUGGGAUAUAAAUGCAAAUAAAAAUUGUGGCUUUGAGAAGGGAAAUCAGGGGUCUCCUAACAACUCUCAGUGCCCUUAACAAACAACGAUUCCCAGGAUUUCUUGGGGGAAAAGCCAUGACAGUUUAAAGUGGUAUAAGAGUGCUUUAAAUGUAUGAUGCAGAUGGGGCGCAAGAAAAAAAUGGUUUUAUGAGUACAUUACUCCAGAAUAGCAGCUAAAUAAUGACAACGCCAUGUACACUUACGCCAAGAACUAAAAAUCAGAACAAAACCCAGCAACUGUGCCACUAUAAAAAAGUUAAGUGUGGAAAGGCCCAGACUCGGAGCAUGGAGUUUGAAAAUGGAAAUGGACUGCUUUCAAGUCGAUCCCGACUUAUGGCGACCCUAUGAAGAGGGUUUACAUAGUAAGCGGUAUUCAGAGGGGGUUUACCAUUGCCUCCCUCUGAGGCUGAGAGGCAGUGACUGGCCCAAGGCCACCCAGUGCGCUUCAUGGCUGUGUGGGGAUUCGAACCCUGCUCUCCCAGGUCCUAGUCCAACACUCUAACUACUACACCACAGGACUACGACCUGGGAGGCCAGGGUUUCGAAUCUGCCCACACAGCCAUGAAGCUCACUGGGUCACUCUCACUCUCUCGUAGAGUGUUACUCAAUACCAGCCCUACUCAGGGUAGACCCAUGGACGUUAAUAGACAUGACUAACUUGGAUUCAUUAAUUUCAACAGGUCUCCUCUUUGUUGAAUACAACCCUUAGUUACAGUUCUUUCAGAAGCAAGUUUGAAUUUGGUUUCAGAAUUGUCUCCACAACUUUUUUUAGCGUAUAGUUUAGUGCAGAUUAAAACGGCUAGUUUUUGUAAUGUAAAUAUUGGAAAUGGUCGAUCUCAUAUAGAUUUUAUGCAUUAUUAUUGUUUGGACUAGCGGUAGGAUGUAAAACCUUUUUGGAGUUUGGUGCCCUGGAAUAUUGAAACAAAAGGUAAAGUGUUGAUGCCUUGUUCAGCUCGAAAAAGGAAAUGUGCACUGCAGUCAGUUGCGUAUCUAUUCAGAAGUAGGCUGUGGUCUGAAGGCACAUGAGGCCACCACCUUGCUGAAGCUAAGCAGGUUUGGGUCUGGUCAGUGCCUGUAUGGGAGACUGCCUGGGAACAUGUAUGCCUCCUUGGGUUCCAUGGUGAGAGAAAGGCGGGGUAUAAAUGUAAUCAAUAACAGCUUUAGAGCUUGCACUAAUGUGCUAACAUAAUCUCUUAGUAUUGGAAAAAGGAGAUCUCCUCACCUUUGGAGGAACCUGUGGCCCUCCAGAUGUUGCUGGACUCUUAACUCCCAUCAUCCCUAGCCAUUGGCCAUGGGGAGCGGGGGAGGCCAAUGGCAGUUGGGAGUCCAGCAGUCUGUAGAGGACCACAGCUUCCCAUGAGGCUGUUUCAGUGAAAAGCGAGUAUUACAUUUGGGAUUGAGGUGAACUACCAAAAAGGGCUCUUUGUACAAUGAUGGUAUGUCUUUGCAAUGUUUCAGAAUGACAAUGUUUGUGGUAAUACAGGACUUUCUGUGGUGGUUUCUCUUUUUGUCACUGUAAUUAAAAAUCAUGGUGGUGUUGUGGGGUGUUUUUUUUUUUUACAGAGCAUUCCACACUAUGCUGGAUCACUUACCUACUCUUUAUUUUUCCUUUUUUUUAAAAGAAGCAGCCAAAUGUAGCAACUCUCUCUUCUAGCCUCCUGAGCAUUUAGUGUAGCUGAUGAGUGUUUUUAACAAUCUAUUCAAGCUGGAGCAUGCAUUUUAAUCUGAUUUUUGUAAAAAAAUAAAAUACAAGUGCAUGAACACUGGGGAAGCAAUGCUCCUGUUGCCUCUCCACAUUCCUUACCUGGUGACAGGAUAUUGCUCCAUUGGUGGUACUGAAGGGUUACUCGUCAUGGAGGCUGGUCCAUUAAGGUGAGUGGGGCACUGCCCCAUCAACCUCAGUCUGCACUCAGCCAGUCCCCGCCCGCCUGGGUUCCUGCUUACAACCAGUCCAGUGAGGAGAUAAAGGUAGAAUAAGUUGGUCCUGCCUGUGAUUGGCUCUGGCUGUACCUACUGUUGGGCUUCCCUGUCGUCUGCCCCACCAUUCUCAUUGGGCACCAGGACCACCACUGGCUGCUGCAUUGCAUGACUUCCAACCAGUUGAAGGCUUUGGUGUCUGGCGUUCUGGGGAAGGAAACCUUUUUCCGCGUUUCCAACAUCUCCCAAUCUUUACUCCCUCUCUGUCUUAAUAUUCACCUGCCCUUUUUCUACAGGGAAAAGACUCAGAUGGGAGGUGGAACCAGUAGCCUAGUGGCAAAUUCAGAAGUGCAGGGUCCCUUCAUGAUAGUCAUAGCCACACCAAACCCCCCUUUUUUCGCUGCCAGGUUAAACAUGAGAUCCUUGUUGAUGCUUUCUUGUCUCCCACAACAACAGACGUCCCUAGGAGCCAAUCAGCAUGAAAGAGGAGAGCAUUAGCUUCUGAGAAGACUCUUCUCAGUGGCUGACUCACCUUUCACUCUGAUUGGCUCCAAUCAGCAGAAAAGAACAUAGAAGCAUGUUAGAAGACUCUUCUCAUGGGCUAACACACUCCCCUUUCAUGGUCAUUGGCUCAUAGGAUGCUGGAGUUAUUGGGGCCCCGCUCCCAAAAAAGUAAGGGGUCUAAGACACCCUCCCAAGACCCAGGGUGACUACACCCCUGGGUGGAACAAAUCCUGCCUGGAGAGCAUACUAGUUCAUAUCUAGAGUGGUAUACUGACUUCACAGGACUUUCUGGUCCCACCAGUCUUUGUCUCAGACAAAGAAACACUCUGGCUCUACCUGCCGUUGGCCUUCCCUGACUUCCACCCCACCAGUCCAGAUGAGCACCAGGUGCCACUGUUCACCUGACUGGAUCUUUAUGAGAACGGUUCUUAAUUUAAGCCAAGUUUGGGGAUGAAGUGUCGCUUUUAAGAAAGGUAGGGGCCUGGCACUACACAAGGGGGAGCGGCAGAGAUGGAGUGAGAUUAUUUAACAAAGUGAGGAGGACAGCCGGGCUUUCAUGGUAGCAUAGAAGUGGUCGUUUUAUUGUUUUCCCUCCUGGUCCUAGGAAUUGGCUGAGGCUAGAAAGUCGACCCUAUGGUACUCACCAAUAUAGACUCCUAAAUCUGUUGUUGUCCCUCAAUCUGAGCUGUUCAUCCUUGAGACAGACCACUAGGCUACUCCAUACCGAAAAAAGAGAGGGGAUGUCCCCAGAAUGUCA